AUGAGUCAUCAUCACCGGCGAGAUUCCGGCGGAGAUGUAGUUCACGUAAUACCCACAAACAAUCCUCCUCCACCGGAGAAUUGGUUUCCUAAUCUCGGCGAUAGUGCCGUUUGGGCAACGGAAGAUGAUUACAAUCGCGUCUGGGCAAUGAAUCACGACGGCGAUAACGGACCUCCGAACAAGAAGUCUCGAGGCUCACCGUCUUCUUCAUCCACCGCCGCAACUACCUCCGCGAGCAAUCGUACUAAAGCGAUUGGUAAAAUGUUCUUCAAGACGAAGUUAUGUUGUAAAUUCAGAGCUGGGACUUGUCCGUAUGUAACGAAUUGUAAUUUCGCUCAUACUGUUGAGGAGCUUCGUCGUCCACCGGCGAAUUGGCAGGAGAUUGUGGCGGCUCAUGAGGAAGAGAGGACGCCUGAGCCGAGAGAGGAGUUUCAGAUACCGUCUUUGGUAUCGUCGUCGACAGAGAGUGGGAGAUCUUUUAAAGGGAGGCAUUGUAAGAAGUUUUAUACUGAAGAAGGUUGUCCUUAUGGAGAAAAGUUGCAUAGAUUUGGUGGAGGACUUGUAGAAGGAGAAAGCAAAGAUGGAGUAUCGCCCAAUGCGGACAUAAAGCAAACAGGACCAAACCCAAAAGGACAUUCCGACACAACACCACUUAUAUCUCCAGGAGUUCCUCAUCACACAGAUGCUAGUUACCAUGGUGGAGUCGCGCUGCAACGAGCAUCUAGUGCGGUUACGCAGAAGCCCGGCAUUAGAACUCAUCAGAAAUGGAAAGGACCGGCGAAAAUCAGUCGGAUAUACGGUGAUUGGAUCGACGAUAUUGAAUAA